UUAGUUUUGUUCUCAGUCAGUUGUUCACGAACCUUGAGUCGAGACGGAGUCCCGUUUCUCUUGGAUUAGAACCAAACCCUUUCAUUGAUAUUUUCCUGUGAAAUCAUUGGUUGGGGGGCAACAUAGCAUAACCAAGUGAUAUUAUUAAACCUGUGUAAGGAUUGUGAUACAAUUCUCUAGCUGAUAAGUGCAGUUUUAGUGAAUAUAUUCAGGUAGAGACAGAUAUAAGAUUAGUGUGGAGGAGAGGAGCAGGGGAAAUAUACUCCAGUCUAUCUAUCUAUCUAUCAAGCUAGCAGAUGGAUUUCCUUCUUUAGUUUUAUCCAGAGAAGAGCUAUCUAUCUAUCCACCCCUCCAGAAUGUGAACUUUAUUAGUCAGACAUGGCUGAUACAGGGCGAGAAGAGGGCGGGGCAGCCGGAGGCGGAGCAGCUGGGGGCGGAGCAGCCCAACCCAACCAAUUUGAUCCACAAGCUCUGUUGUCACUGUACGGUAUGAGCGGAAUGUACGGAGGGUACGGAGGAUAUCCUGGUUUAACAGUCUCUACAGCCUCCUCACCUUCAUCCUCUCCACUACCUCCGUCCUCCACCCUAGGGGUUGCAGCCUCGCAGGCUCAGAGUCUAGGCUUGAACCCUGCAAGUGCAGCAUGGUGGAGUAUGGCUAGUCAGCUGGCUACCCAAGAUUAUCUUUCAAGAAUACAGGCAGCAGCUAGGGACUCAUCUCCUAUGGAUUAUUUAUCAAGGUUGCAGGGGGAGAAGACGGAUGAGAACCUAGAGUACCUAAGCAGACUCCAGGCUCUCCAGGGUAUGGGUGGGUUCGGAGCUAUAUCUCACAACCCUAGGAAGGACCCGCCCCGGUCCUUAGCCACGCCUACUAGUGCAAUGGAGAAUAUUAAACUACCUGCUGAUACUGAAAUAUUGAGAGGAAGGAAGGGUUCAACGGAUAGUUUAUAUUCGAAUCCUUUACUCUCCCUCCCUACCGGUCUUACUAUAGUAUGUGAGAGGAACGGAGCACUAGAUCUGAAGAGUAAACAAACGAAUGCCGAUGACGAUGAGAGGGGAGGUGGAGGAGAGAGGGGGGGAGAGACACCUCUAAACCUUUCAAUGAAAUCUGAACAAUCUCCAGAUAAAUCCGAUUACUACGCAAGUGAAGCUUUGAGCGGAGUAUUUCUAGCAGAACAGAUUCGUCAGCAGCAGUUAGCAUCACAGCUUCAUAAACAUCUACAGCCGAGCAGUUUAACAGCUAUGCAGGCGCUACUAAGCCUGGGCAGGUUGCAGGCCGAUCAGUCUUUGGGAGGAAGGAUGGAAGACGAUGAAAUGGACGGAAAAUGGAGAAAUCUAGGACGAGGAAAUCCUUCAGUAAAACCGAAAAAGAACACAGUUGCGAGCCUUCUAGCACAUUCUAGAGGAGACAUCCCAGAACUAACUAUAGAACCAAUAUUCAAGAAGUCUGGGUCUCCAGGUUUUGAUCUGAAUAUGAUGUUUCGUGGAGACCAAAGCACAAGGUUGUCUAGUGAAAAGGAUUCUGAAGACCAUUAUUCUGAAACUGAAUCCAACCACCAGGAAGCGAACGGUACGAAUGGAAGACAGCGUGGUCGUCAGGUUGUAACGGAUACAGACGAACUCAAGGUUCCUCUUAGAUACGGUUGGAGACGAGAAACAACCAUUAGAGAAUUCAGUAAAUCCGGAAUCCGGGGCGAAGUAGUAUAUGUGGCUCCAUGCGGGAAACGGUUUAAACAGUAUCCGGAUAUCAUUCGGUAUAUUGAGAAGCGAGGGAUGUCCCAGAUUAAGCGUACCCACUUCAGUUUCAGUACUAAACUCAUUGUCGGAGACUUUCUCAAACCAACUGGCACAGCGGAUCCAGAGGGGGAGGAAAAAUAUCAAAGAUACACUGAUGACCAGAUGAACGAGGAAAUUGACCGACUGCGGCGAGAAAACGGUUGGAAACCAAGAAAACGUGGCAAAUCUCAGGGUCGGCGUAGUGUCGGAGUAGAACCUAGUGCCGAGGAGCAAGCAGCUCUUCUACAAGCUCUAAAACAGGAGGAUGAGCGGGUCAGACAAGAUAAAGAACAAACUCAACUACAAAGGGAAGCCCUCAGGAUUCUAAAGGAGGCUGAGAGAAGGGAGAAAGCGGAAAUUCUAAGAAGAGAAAAGGAGAGAAGUGUUGAAGAGAAGAGAAGAAAACAGGAGGAGUUGAACCGGGCCCGGCAGGAGGAGAAAAUGAAGAAACUGCAGGAGCUGGAGCUCAAGCGUCAACAGUCGGCUCUUAUCAAGGAGCAGGAACGGGAGAGACGAAGAGAGCAUAUUCUGCUGAUAAAACAACUGGACAAUAAAAAGAGAAAUGAAGACAGAAAGAAGAAAAUUGAAGAGCUAAAGGUUGAAAGAGAGAAGGAGAGAGAGAGAAGAAUGGAAACUAGAAGGAUGGAACUAGAAAUACUCUCUGAGAUGAAACGACCGAUCGAAGAUAUGGCAAUUAGCGAAGCAAAGUGUCUGCCUGAGAUCCCCCGGUUGACCGGCCUGAAGCUAUCUGGGGAAGGAUACGCUAACCUUCUCAUGGUUUUCGAGUUCAUUCAUAACUUUGGAGAAACACUUAGCUUUGAUAUGGAGAGCUUACCCAGCAUUUCAACAUUACAGUCGGGUCUUCUCAAUGAAGACAUAGAAUCGGAGGAAGAACUAUUGUCUCUGUUGACCCAUCUUGUUGUCUGCGCUAUAGAGGACCCUGGUGUACCUAAUCCUCUCAAACAGCUGACUAUCCUAGGCCAGAACCUUAGACAGGCUGAUGUAACGAACACAAAUAUAACAGAGAUAUUGCGGAUUUUUAUCCGAUCCCGAGCACAGUACGAGAUCAGGCUUUUUCAUGGAGUCUCUCCCCCUGAACCAAAGGACAAGAAGGAAGCAAUACAAGGCCCGUUUGUAAACGCUGAUGACUCCUAUAUGGCGCUCCUUCAAGAGAAUAAAACCUUCCAGAUGUCUGAAUGGAUAAAGGCCAAACCUUUUCUUUGUUUGAACCCAACUGAGAAGUGUGCUAUUCUUUCUUUUCUUUGCAACGAACUGCUGAACAAUAAGGCUGUCGUGAACCAGAUUGAGAAUACCAUGGAGAACGUUCAGUCCGUCAAGCGCAGAAAGAUCUCUCUGGACAACAAAGCUAAAAAACUCAGGAUUCUGCACAACAGAAAAUAUAAGUUUAAGGUUGAAGUAUCAAGGUUUGAGGAAGGUACGAACCAGAGCGGAUCUAUUUUAGGAGAAUCAGAGAACCAUAGUGAGGUCGGAGAAGAUAAGGAGGACAGCCUGUCCUGUAUAUCUGAGUCUAAACCGGAGGCUGUGGAGGUAACUUCGAAGGGAGGUCGAGGCCGAGGGAAGAAGAGGAAGGGUGGCCGAGGAGGAGGAGGAGAAGGAGGAGGGAAGAAGAAGGAAGAGGAAGUUGAGAGUGAAGAGGAGAGUGAGCUGGACGUAUCAGAUGAAGAUGAAGGAAAAGAAGAUGAGGAGGACGGACAGCUGAAUGCUGAGGAUCUGCAGAAGAAGAUUGAGAAGGUCUCGAGGCUGAUCAAGAAGAAGGGAGAGGAGCUCGUUUUCCUCAACAAUAGCCUCAGAGCCUCCGACCUCGGCCAGGAUAGAUACAGGAGAAGAUACUGGCAUUUGGCACACUCCGGAGGUAUAUAUCUAGAGGGGAUUGAGUCCGGAGAGCCCUGGAAACUGGAGGAACCUAGCUCCGACCCAACCCUCUCCCCUCCACCUUCCAAAAAGCUAAAACUAGACCCGGAGCUGGUUAAAACCGAGGAGGAAAAUAAGGAAAACCAACUGUUCUGUAGUACUCCUAUUAAGGAAAAGUACAAUAUCUCUGAUUUAAAACUCGGCUCUGAGGUUUCCAUUACUCCGAAAGAGGCGCCAAAGAACGAGAGUAAGUACAGUCCGAAAGUUACACCAAAUGCGGAACGGAUGAAUUUAUUUAAUCACAGUUCCUACUUUAACAUGUCUCUCUCCCCGAUGAUUCUCAAUGGUUCUGUCUCUAUAACCCCCAAGGAGAACCAGCACAGUAUCUACGGAACCACCCAUGCAGACAGGAACCAGGAUAAACCCUGGUUCAACCUUAUCUCCGGGGACGGAGAACAUGAGUUCCACCCAGGACGGAGUAGACGGGGUGGAGAGGCGCUUACUCAUAUAGCUAUGUUGGAAAGCAAACUGGAUAUACUGAAAAAUCUGAACAAGGAGACUGAGAGAACGCCUAUCCCGCUAGAAAAAUGCUACGGUUGGUGGAAGCUGCCUGUUGAGAGCAGCUUAUUAACCCAACUAGAAGCUGCGCUGCACCCUAGAGGAACUAGGGAGCAGCAUCUUCUAACUAAUUUAAGAAGAGGAUUUGAGAACGUUGCUGAAUCCACCCAUAAACUGGGGCCUGAGGAGGUAGAGUUCACAGCCCCCACCUCGGGUGCCACCCCCCCUAGUUCAGAUGCUCCGCCCACUAAUAUUGAGGAGGUGGUACCUGGAGCACCAAGAGCAGAUAUCAAGGGAACCUGGUCACGAGAAACUGCUCUAAGAGUAGAGAAGUUUAUACUUGAGCAGAUCGAGAGUUUGGAGGAUAAAGUUGCGUCUGCCUCUAUGCAAGUUCCAGGUUGGAAGAUACCUGACCGUCUACUGGCUGAUACGCUCAAGUUCCGACCCAGCUGUGAGGACGGGGAUGACAGCGACGGGUUAAAUACUGUAGAGGUUUCGAAGCAACGUCUAUUGGAGCUGGAGGGAGCUAUUGAGAGAAGAUAUUUGAAAGCUCCCUUAGGAGCUACAAGGACAACAAGUCUAAGUAACAUUACAGCCAGCACAGAGAGAAAUAAACAAGACACAACAUUAGAUUUAGAUGAAAAGGGUGUGGAUCAAGACAAUUUUGAAGAAGAGGAAGAUAAAGAGAACAAGAAAGAAAACAACGAUGCUGUACGAAAGGAUACAGAGGAGAACGGAAAGGAUGAUGAGGAGAAGAUGGAGGAAGGAGAAACAGAUAAAAAAGCCUCCGAAGGAAUACCACGUGGACUGCAAACAUGGCGCGAGGCGGUAUCCAACGCAGAGAACGCGGCACAGGUCGCGAUGGCUUUCUAUAUUCUCGAAACCUCGAUUGCUUGGGACAAAUCCAUUAUGAAAGCGUCUUGUCAGUUCUGCCAUGGAGGGGAGAAUGAGAAUGCUCUGCUUCUAUGUGAUGGCUGUGAUCGAGGAUAUCACACUUACUGUUUUAAACCUGCAAUAACAACUAUUCCAGAAGGAGACUGGUACUGUUUCGAAUGUGUGAAUAAAGCUACAGGGCUACGGCACUGCCUGGUUUGUGGUAAUGAAGACGACGAAGGUUUAGUUCUGUGCAGUGCUUGUCCCAGAGCAUAUCAUCAGCUUUGUAUCUCUCCACCCCUAGCUAAGACUCUUGGGCAAAAUGGAAUAUUAAAAAAGACUCCACGUGGUAAAUGGCACUGCCCCGGAUGUAGUGUAAAGAACGGCCGGAAGACGAGUAAGAAAGCUCGAAGCUUAAGAAACACCGAGGAGGAGUGGACAGCAGGAAAAGAAGAUGUCAAACGUUCUGAAGAGGAACCAGUUCCAGAGGAACCCCAACCACCAGAACCGGUUAAAAUUUCUAAAAAGAAACCUGUCCGUCUUCCUAAGAUCGACAAAGAUAUGAGCAUUUGCCAGACUCUUCUAUCUGAGUUAGGGGGUCACGACGAGUCCUGGCCUUUCCUUAACCCCGUCAACACUAAGCAGUUCCCCACCUACAAGAAGAUUAUAAAAAAUCCGAUGGACAUUUCAACUAUUAAGAAAAAACUGAAUGAAGGCUUAUACAAAGUCCGUGAUGAAUUUAAAGACGACGUCCAGUUGAUUUUCUCUAAUUGUAAACGGUAUAACGAAGACGAGAGUCCAGUGGGCCGUGCCGGGCAUCUUAUGAAGCUAUUUUUCGACUCUAGAUGGGCGGAGCUAACCACUGUAUAGCAUGAGCUGUGGCUCCAGUUGGGCGGGGCUAACCUACUCCACCCCUAAGACUGAUUUUCUGAUCCAAGAAUCAGAUAAAUGUUCUCAGACAAAAACCUACCUCAAUUAAACAUAAAUAGAAAAAACCUUAUUGCCUAUCGAAAAUAGUAUUCAUACAUUUGGAGGGAAAUAUCAGAAUUUUUGUUUUAAAAAAAUCAGAAUUUAAAUUUGUCUUUAUGCAAAAUUUGUCAAAAUUUUCUAGAAAUUGGUCUGAUUGGUUUGUAUUGAUGUAGUACUAGUGUUGUUAUAAUGCACUAACUGUGAUCUUUUUCUGUCCUUUGCGUGUCAUGUUUACGGGGAUAGUCAGGAUUUUUGAAAGUUUGGAGAAGAACGAAUUUGGACUACUGAUAAAAAACCAUUUGCAACGGAUCUCAGAAAAAUGGCGGAUG